CAGGACAGGGACCAAGACAUCUGGGAGCACUGCCCUGCUCCCCACUGCAAUUUUUGUCAUGGCCCUCAGACAGCCGAAAGCUGAAGCCUUCUGCCAGCAAACACCCAUCUUCCUCAACUACCUGCACAGCAUCCUGCAGAGGUACUCCGAUGGGGGGCAGAUUCUCAAGGAGCUGGUGCAGAACGCGGAUGAUGCAGGCGCUACUGAGGUCGUGUUUGUAUCUGAUGAACGGGAAUUUGAUGUCAUCGCUGGAGGGGGCCUGGAAGGGACCCAAGGCCCAGCCCUCCUAGCCUACAACAAUGCCCCAAUGGCCCCCCGAGACUGGACUGGGCUCCUACGCCCAGGGGUGUCCCAUAAGCGAUGGGACCCCAGCACUGUGGGGCGCUUCGGCCUGGGGUUCACCUCCGUCUACCGCCUCACAGACCUGCCAGGAGUGCUGAGCCCCCCGUCCCUGGGGGUGCUGGAUCCUGAAUGCCGAGUGCUGCCAGGUGCUGGUGCCCGCUGGGACAUCUCAGCAGCCCAGGACCUACCUGGCCUCUUCGAGCCUUUCUGGGCUGGGCUAGAGGCUGUGGGGCAGUGCCAUGGCUCUGCCCAGGGCACUCUCUUCCGCUUUCCCCUCCGCCGGCAACCCUCAGGCAUCGCCACCGGAGUCUCCAAUCCUGGUCUCCUCCAUGGCCUCCUCCAGACCUUCCUUGCUGAAGCCCCUCUUGCCCUUCUCUUCCUUCGCCAUGUCAGACAUGUGGCCCUGCAUCACGUGUCCCCUGACGGGGCCCAGACCCUCAUGGGUACCCUGACAGCAUUCUCUCAACCUCUGCCUGUCCUGGAGCCAGCAGGAGCCAUGGGGCUGAGCCUGACAUCACGCCUGGUAGCCCUGUGCAGGGAUGGUGUUGAGGAUGGGGAUGAGUGGCUGGUGACCACAGGCAGAACCAUGGCACGGGUGGCCGUGGAGCUGGGUGAGCGGAUAGGGUGCAGCCCCGAGCUGAGCCUGGCGCACCCUCUCCAUGGGCCCUGCCAAGGGCGGCUCUGCUGCGUCCUACCACUGCCUGCCACAGAGGAGAUGGUCACAAGGCUACCUGCCCAUGUCAGUGCUCCCUUUGCCCUCUCUGAUGAUCGUCACCACCUCCGCUGGCCCUCUGAGGAUAGAGAAGGUGAAGAAGAUGCCAGCUGGAAUGCCCUGCUGCUCCUUGACCUCCUGCCACGGGUCUACGGCCACAUGGCGACUGCGGCUGCAGCCCUGCCUGGUGCUGACCCCUAUAGCAUCUGGCCAGACCCCGAGUGCAUUCCACGCCAUGGCUGUAUCCAUGAAGUGAUGGUCAGUGUCUGCCAGGAGCUGGCAGCUGCCCAUGCCCUGGUGCCAGCGGCAGAGGGGGCCUCAGGGCGGCUGCAGGCAGCUGAGGCUGUGCUGCUGCUGGAGGACACAGAGGACACGGACACACAGCGAGUGGUCCAGGCUUUUCUAGUGGCGGCUGGGGAGCCAGUGGCUGUGGUCCCGACCCACGUCCAGAGGGCACUGGCACUGGGACUGGCCAAGGGCCCACAGGAGGCCACAGCAGGCCAUGUGCGAGAGGUGCUGAGGUGCCACAGGGACUUGGAACUCCCAGCCACUGACUGCCUCUGUCUGCUGCGCUAUGUGACUGCAGACAGGCACUAUGCCAAGCUGCAGGGCCUCCCACUCCUGCCUCGUGCUGACGGUACUUUUGUGGCUUUUGGCAAUGCAGCGGCCACUGUCUAUGUGGACACAUCUGAUUGCCCCAGGGUGCUCCUGCCUGGCCUGGCUGGAUCCUUCCUGCCCUCCAAUCUGGAGCCAGCCCUGGACAACCUCCUGUGGGGCAUCGCCAAGGCUGGUCUCUUCCCCAACUUGGUUCUGCUGGAUCCAGCCAUGACUGCCCGGAUCCUGCACUCGGCUCUGCCCCCAAGCUGGACAUCACAGUCCUCAAGUCUGGUGACCUGGUGCCCCUCCCAGGGUCCUCCUCAGCCCCCAGCCCAAUGGCUUCCAGCCCUGUGGUUCUUCCUGGCCAACCACAUGGAAGACCUGGGCCCUAUGGAGGGACUCCCACUGGUCCCCCUGUCCCUACCAGGUGCCCCCAGCACCCAUCUAGCCCCACUGAUACCUCAGUCUGGCCUUAUCUUCCAGACGUGGGAGGACCAGGGGCUGCCAUCCACUGUGGCCCCCAUCUUGGAGGCUCUGGGCUGCUCUGUGGUGCCCCCAGGCAUAUGGCACCGCUGUCUGUCCCGCUACAUCUUGCCCCCAUCCCCCCUCAAUGCCCUGCGAGCCCUGAUCACCCGGGGAGCUGCAGAUGUGGCAUCCCGCCUGGCCUCACUGCCCACCGCAGCUGUGGACACCCUCCGGCUCUACCUGGCGGAUGUCCCAUCCCUGGCAAAGCCAGAGAGAGACAUGCUGGCCACUCUGCCUCUCUUCAUUCCAUUGCCCUGCCUGGCCACCCCGCAACCCAGGGGGCUGGUGCCUGCUGGUGCCACUCCAGCACUGGAGCCAGAGAUGGAGCUGCCCAGAGAUGUGGUCCUGCCGAAGGCUGUGUUGCAGUGUCGGGAUGAAGCUGACCGUCGGCUCCUGGGGCGACUCCAGAAGUCCUUUGUCAGUGCUGCCUGUGUGGCACUAGAGGGCAUCAAAGCUGUAGCCCAGGGCACCUAUGCAGGGUGGGCAGCUGAGGCCCAGGGGCUGCUGCUCUGGGUGCUGCAGCAUGGAGACACCCUCUUUGCACAAAGCCCCCUGCUCCAACAAGCCUGCAGCAACUUAGCCUUCCUGGAGACCUCCAGUGGUCUGGUGCGCCCACGGGACCUCUACGACCCUUGUGAGAGUACCCUGCGAGUGCUUCUGGGCCCUGAACGCUUCCCUCCUGCCUCCUUUUGCAGUCCACCCAUCCUCCGUGCCUUGCGAGCCCUGGGCUUGCAGCAUGGCAAGGGGUGCCUGGUGGCUUCAGACAUCCUAGAGGCUGCGACAACUGUGAGUCAAGAUGAUGGGGUGGCUCUGGACAGGGCUAAGACACUGAUCAAAGUCUGCAAUCACUCCAACGCACUGGCAGGCUUCAGCACAAUGGAGCUUAGGCAGCUCUGUGCUCUACCAUGGGUACCCCGCUCAGAGUGCACCGGAAAGCCUCAGCAGCCCUUCCUACCUCCAAAACAGCUGCGGUCCACCCGGUACCUAUGUCUAGUGGGGCUUGCUAUGCCUCUAACAGGUGUCUUUUCACCAGAGGCAGAGGAGAAGCUGGGGCUGUGCCAGGCCCCACCACCAGAAAAGGUGUGGGAGCAGCUGAAAUGCCUGGCAGGGUGCAGAGACACAGAUAAGGUAGUUCCUGCACUCCGAGCUGUCUACGAGCACAUGCAGGAAGAUCUGGGGACCUUUGGAGCUGCCCCAGAGGGUGCUGUGGUGUGGACCGGGGCUGGGUUCAUCCGGCCAGCUGAUGCCGUGCUGGGCUACCCCAAGGAGCUGAACCCGGCAUCAUUAGUGCCCCGGGUACCCCCUGACUUCCUGUCCUACAGCUGCCUCUUCAGUGCUUGGGGGGUAGAGGUAAGGGUGAGUGAGGAGAAGGCGGUCACAGCCCUGCGCUGCUUGGGGCAGAACAUCGACGCCCGCAGCUCUGGUGCUGGUACAGAGGCAGAGUUGCAGGUGGUUGUGGCUGUCCUGGAGUGGCUCAAGAACAGGGGCCACUGGGCUGAAGGCAUGGUGCCGAUGCCAGUGAGGGUCCCAGAGGGCUCUGGCUUUGCUCUUCGUCCAGCUACUUCUACAGUGUACCUGGACAUGGAGUUAGAGGCAGAGGAGGAUGUGCAAGAGGUGGUGCACGAGGCAGUGCCAUCCAGCAUAGCUGUAUUCCUUGGCACAGAGCUGCUCAGCACCCGGGUGCUGGGGCCAGAGUUGCUCACAGCAUAUGGACCUUCAGAGCCCAUCACCUUGCGGCUCCGCAACAUUCUCCGCGAGUAUGGUGAGGAGGGUGACCUCUUCACAGAGAUGGUUCAGAAUGCAGAGGACGCUGGAGCCACUGUCUGCCGCUUCCUUCUGGACCUCCGACCCUGCAGAAAGCCCAUCACUGGACUGCUAGACCCAGGCAUGGCUGCCUGUCAUGGCCCAGCCCUCUGGGCCUACAACAAUGCCCUGUUCACAGAGGAUGACUUCCAUAACAUCACUCGUGUUGGGGCAGCAACAAAGGAGCACCAGGCAGGAUGGAUUGGACGCUUUGGGCUGGGCUUCAGCUGUGUGUAUCGCAUCACAGAUGUGCCAGCUGUGUUGAGUGGGGCCACAUUGCUUAUCUUUGACCCCAAUGGCACCCAUCUGGGCAACCGUAUCCCCAAGAGUGGCUGCCCUGGCAUCCGUCUAGACUUCUCCAUUCGGCCCCGCAUCCUCCGUGCCUUUGCUGAGCAGUUCCGGCCCUACCAGGGUGUCUUUGGGUGCCACCUGCCUGAGCCAGGAGCCUUUCCAGGACUCUUCUGCCUGCCUUUCCGCACUGAAGAGGAAGCUGUGGCAUCACAGAUAUGCUCAGAGACCUUUGGCACAGAUCGCAUCUGGUCCCUCGGCACUGGCUUUACUGGCUCUAGUCGACUCCUGCUGCUUUUCCUGCAGAGAGUGAAAGAAGUAUCCCUGGAGAUGCUUCCAGAUAUGGCCACCUCACCUGAAGAUGCUGUGUCUAUGGCCACACUGCAGCGAAAGAGGAUCCGAGACUUGGGGGCCCCUGGGGAUUCCCCAAGCUGGGCAGCCAUUGAGCGGCUCACAGCCCAUGAGAAGGCCUCCAAGACCACCUGGCACUACCUAGUACUGGUGUGCCAGGGGCAUGGGGAAUCCCUGGAGCUGUUUCACCAGAGGACACAGGCAGGACACCAUAAUCUGCCCCCUGUAGCUGGUGUGGCCCUUCCCUUUGCCCUCACUGCAGAUGGCAAGUGGGUGCCAAGCACGGGAGCUGAGGAAGGACAGGUUUUCUGCCACUUGCCCAUGCCAGUGGCUUCAGGGCUGCCCAUCCAUGUGCAUGGGGCCUUCAACAUCCUCUCAAACCGCAAAGGGCUGUGGGACACAGCAGAGCAGGGUGAGUGGAACCGAGCACUGCUCCGGGAUGCUGUGCCGGCUGCCUGGCUCCAGGCACUGGCCCACCUCCGCACCCUACAUGAGGCAGGUGAGCAAUAUGAGUAUUAUGUCUUUUGGCCAGACACCAGCACUGCUCGGUACCCCUUUACUGAGGCAGUGACUCAUUUCUACCAGGCCGUGGCAGCCAGGAAUGUCCCCAGGCUCUUCUCUGAUGGCUGCUCAGGGUGCCAGCUGCAGGAUGCCCACUUCCUGCACCAAGAUGUGGCCAGGCACCCCAAACUCGGGGCCAUGGCAAAACGUGUCUUCAGCACCACCUUGGCCCAUCCUCUGGUGGCUGUAGCCUUGCCAGAGUGGGUGCAGAGGGGCCUUGGGAGAGUGGUGGCUGCUGGCACUUAUGACUGGCCCUGGUUUUACUGUGAGCUUGUGCUGCCCAACUUGGGAGACCUCUCCGUGGCUGACUGGGACCCACUGCUUCUUCAUGCACUAGAUAUGUCUCAUGAUGAUGUGGACAAGGUGCUGCAGACAGUGCCCUGCAUUCCUGCCACCCCUCAUGGCCACCUGCAGUUCAUCAGCCACCUAGUGCAUCCUAGAGGCCGUGCAGCUUCUUUAUACGACCCCAAGGAUGAGCACUUCCCCUCUGGGGAUGCAUUCCUGUCUCCAGAGAGACUCAGUCGGCUAGAGCAGCUUGGCAUAGUUCGGGAUGUGUUGGCUCUGCCAGAACUGCUGGAGCAGGCAAAGACAGUGAGGCAUAUCUGAACUCAGGCCCAGGCCCAGGGAUGCUAGAAGGAUGCCUGCAUCCUUGAACUGCUUCGGGAUGCAGUGCAGCAGAGAGUGAAUAACACCAUGCAAGCUGCUUUCCAAACUGUGCCAUUCCUGCCUGGGACACUGCCCACUGGUGAACAUGUCCUGCUCCCAGCUGCCCAGCUCUACCAUCAUCGCCAUGUCCCACUAGUGGGGCUCAUCUACCCUGUCUUGGCUCCUAAAAUGCUGAGAAAAGACUUCUGCCUCCCUGAAGAGACUGCAUCUUUCUUGGGGUUGAACCGGCAGCUACCAGCAGCUGUAGUCCUUAAGCAGCUGCAGGCACUGAGCCACAGCUCCAAUGCCCUCCCUGCUGCAAGGCUCCAGGACACCACUCACCACUGCUAUGACUACCUGGACACGCUGCUCAAGAGAGACCACACCAGCCAGCGUGAGGUGGCUACUGCAGUGGCCCAAGGGGAGCCCUUCAUCUUGGUGGACUCCCACUUCAUGCCAGCCACAGCUGUGGCUGAGACUCUAUCAUUUGAGGCUGCCCCAUAUCUUUACCAGCUCCCAGUGCACUAUCGUCCCUACAGACAACUCUGGGAGUGUGUGGGGCUGCGCCACAUAUUCACCUGGAAUGAUUAUGCCCAAGUGCUUCGCAUCCUGGCUGAGAAGCAUGCUGGAGAGCCCCUGCCUGCCCCAGAGCUGGCCCUGGCUUUGCGAUUGAUAUCUUGUGGUUUGAUGGCAGAUGGGGAAGAGCCAGAUGCCUAUCAGACUCAGCAACUCUUUCUGCCUGACCACGAGGGCAUCUUGCGUCCAUGUGACAAGCUCCACUUCAACGACACACCAUGGCUGCCAGUGGAAAAAGGGGGCAUGCUGUGCCAUGAACAGCUGGCCCGGGCCACAGCCCUGCGCUGUGGAGUGCCCACCACACGCCACCAGGCACUGGAGAGGAGCCGGCUGCUGACAGCAGAUCUGAGCUGCUGGGCACAGCCUUUCGGUGCCCGUGAAGACCUACCCACACGGCUGAAGAACAUCUUGGGUGAGUACCCAGGAUCCACUCGUGAUGUAGUGAUGGAGCUGCUCCAAAAUGCGGAUGAUGCUGGCGCAGGGACCGUGCACUUUGUGUGGGACCACCGGCAGCACCCAGUGGGUGCCACCUUCGGUGAGGCCUGGAACACUCUGCAAGGCCCUGCACUCUGCAUCUACAAUGACAGACCCCUCCAGCAGCAAGAUAUUGAAGGCAUCCAGCGCCUGGGGGUGGGUGGCAAGCAGGGUCGGCAAGAUGUUACAGGCAAAUUUGGCCUUGGCUUCAACACUGUCUUCCACCUUACUGACUGCCCAGCCUUCCUUACCGGAGACAGUGCCCUGUGCAUCUUUGAUCCCCACCUCUCCUAUGUGCCUGGAGCCACAACUGAGAGCCCCGGUGGGAUGUUCGCUGUCAACCCUGAAUUUAAGAGAUCCUUCCCAGAUGUCUAUGGCACCUUCCUGCCCUCCUUUUUUGACCUGAGCCAAGGUGUCCUUUUUCAGCUGCCCCUCUGCACUGCAGCUGGGGCUGCCACCUCCAAGGUGUCUGACAUGGUUGUGCGGGACCAAGACCUUGUGACCAUGCAGACGACACUGGCUGAGGAGGGUGGUGACUUGGUUCUUUUCCUCCGGCACCUGCACACUAUAGUCUUCUCUGAGAUCCCCCUGGAUGGGGGGCCAUUGGUCAACAGGCUACAGGUGGCCAUAGAGAUGACAGAAGAAGAUGCAGAACUGAGGCGGGGUUUCCAAGCCAGGCUGAGCCAAGCUGUGGAUGGGGAUGGCCCCAUCUCUGUCUCCUACAUCAUGAGAGUUAAAACCAGCAGGACCAGGGCCAGUACCAGUACCGUUUGGGGGGUGACUGCUCAAAUUGGAGUGCAGAAGGGGGCUGAAGAGUCUCCAGUGCCUGGGCAGCUGCCCUAUGGAGCUGUGGCUGCCUGCCUGAAGCCACAGGACUUGGACAAUCCCAUGGGCAAGGUUUUCUGCACCCUCCCAUUGCCACUGAUGACAGAGUUGCCUGUGCAUAUCAGUGCCAACUUCUCUGUGGAUGCGGCCCAAUGUGGCCUCCGCCAGGACCCAGGCAGCACCGAAGCAGCCUGGAAUGGCUUCUUGCUCCGGUGCUUGGUGGUCCCAGUUUACUGCACCUUCCUCACUAAGCAGCAGAGAGCCUUGGGACCUGAACAACUCCAGUUCAGCUCCUUAAAUGUCUGCAAGCAAUACCUGAUCCCCUAUCUCCAGUUCUUCCCUACUGUGACAAAGAGUGUGCCACCCACCUGGCAUGACCUUGUGAGGGACAUCUACAGGCACCUCAGCCACCAUUGUCUCCUACUGGUGCCUGUGUGCCGUGUGAAGCUACCUGACAGCAAUGUGACAAUGGCUUGGGCAUCUCCAGGUGGUAGGGAUAUGCUGACAGAACCAUACUUCCUUGAGAGUGAGCCUGCAUUGCCUCUCUGGGAUGUGUUGCAGCACUUGGACAUGAACUUGGUGCCAGCAUUCUCCCAGCUGUGGCAGAUUUACCAGGAGCUUGUGGCAGCUGGUGUGGCAGCUGUGGCCUUGCAGCCAACUUCUCUUCAGUGCUUCCUCAAGGCCCUGGCUCUCCCCUUGCCCUGCCCGCUGACCAAGACACCCCUGAGGACCCCGGAGAGCUGCUCCAUCCUGCUGAAACACUGCCUGAAGCACACAAAGGAGGUCAAGACAGAGCUAGAGGGUCUCCCUGUGCUGGCCAUGCAAGAUGGCUGUCUGCGUGCCCUCAGCACCCACCAUCCAGUCUUACACAGCUCCUUUGCCUACCUUUUCCCCCACCACAGUCAUAGCUUUGCUGACAGCUGUGUAGCUAGCAUAGCCCCAUCUUGCUUUGUGCAGGAUCUUGGCCUCCUAGAGGCCACACCACUCAUCAAGGAGGCAUUGGAACAGCUGGAUUUGGCCACAGAUGGGCAGAAGUGGCUGAAGGGGCUGCGGAAGUUCUUUGAUUCUGUGGUCUACAAGGCCACAAAGGCCGAGAAGAACAAGUUGGAGGCAGCUAUGAGCAUGUUCAUAGACCAUCUCCAAGAUGCAGUGCUGCUGCCUGUGCAAGGACAUGAAACAGGCUCAAUGUGCCUGAUGUCACUGUCUUCCCUCCCCAAUAUUCUCUAUGAUUGUGACACGGAUGUGGCCAAGGUGCUGCACAAGUUGGGCAUCCCUAUGCUCCAGAAAUCCCUUCUGCCCUUUGGCUUUGCCUACCACUGCCUCAAGCGACGGGUACUGCAGACCACGAAGCCCAAGGCUGUGCUGGCCCGACUGGCAGAUACCGUUGCUGAUCUCCGCUGGAGGGACCUGCAAGCAUAUGAAGUGACUGUCCUGCUGCGUUUUAUUAUUCAAGGGAGGCUGGACAGGCAGGCACUGGAGCAUCUUCAGCGCCUGCCUCUAUUCCAGAAGUAUGGUGGGGAUCAUGUGGCUGUGGCACCCUACCGCAAGGUGCUGAUUUUCAACAGCCAAUUCCCAGAGUGCCGACUGCCUUCAGGUUCCCAAGCCCUGUACAGUCUGGAGAAGGACAUGCUGUUGCUCAGGGAAAACAUAACACACAAGCAGCUGGCCAGGGAUUUAGGAUGGGAGGCUGUGGAUGAAUGGCAGCUCUUCAUGACUGUAGUGCUACCUCGGCUGUCCCAGCUCACAGCAUCAGAGCUUGUGAACGCUGUGCAGUUGUUCUUAGCCUUGCAACACACCUAUGAGGAUAAGAAGUUCUGGCAGGAUGCUGUGACAGCCUUCCAGACUGUAGCCUUCAUACCAGACUCCCAUGGCGUGCUGCAUCAGGCAUCCUACUUCUAUGACAACAUUUCCUCCCUUUGCACACUGCGGCUCCAGCACCGCUUUGUGCCUGAGUCCUUCCUCAAGGCACUGGGUUCCAACCGUGAAGUUGCUAGGAUCUUCCUGCUUGAGACAGGUGUCCACACCAGCCUCUCUGCAGAGGAUUUUGUGGUACUGGCCCUGGAGAUAGAGCAUGAAGCCACCCAGAGCAGGGGCCAUGCUGAAGAAUUGCCUCAGAGACAGAAGGCGAUGUUUGAACAACUUGUCAUUCUGUUGAGCAGCCCAUUGCAAAAGGGUUUUCUGGAGCAAAUUGCCUCCAUCCACUUCCUGUCUCCACUAGAAGUGCCCAUGUGCUUGAGGGAUCUUCACCCUCCCUUUGCAGCCUGCACACAGCCUGUGACCCUGAAGGGCAGUAUUUACCAUGACCAACAAGAUGUAGCUGAGCUCCUGUGGACAUCGGCCACCAUCCUGCCAGUGUCCUCCAUACCUGAGAAGAAUCUGGACCUGCUGAAGGCUAUAGGAAUCCUUGUGGAGAUACCAACUGCCCUGGUGGUUGCCAACCUAGAGCAUGUGUGCAAGGCACCCUGCUGGACACCGGAGCAGGUGACCACACGGACCAAAGCACUCCAGAAGAUGUACAAUUUCUUGCAGAGCCGAAUGAAUGAAGUGGAUGUGGGACGGCUUGCUGAGCUACCUGUGGUGCUGACCAAGAUGGAGGACAUGGCCACACCACAGCAAGUGGUAAUAUCACUCCCGGAGAAAGCUGACUUUCACCCUUAUCUCCUCAUACCUCACCCCCUCAUGGUCUUCUAUAGAGACCUUCUGCAGCACUUUGGGGUGGUCUCAUGCCCCACAGUGUCUCACUACAGCCAUGUCCUAGCCCAAAUCUACCAGGAGAGCCAUGCCAAGGGGACCCUCCAUGUCACCCAGAGGAAGACAGUCUUUCUGGCUAUAUGGCACCUCUUCCAGCUGCUGCAGGAAACACCAGAGCCCCCUGAUUUUUCUACUGUGCCUGAGUUGUACUUGCUGAGCACUGCCAACUGCCUAGAGUCAUCCCACAAGCUCUUCUUCAAUGACUGUGUGUCCUUGAGAACCUCCCGGGCUUUGGAGAAGACCUUUGCUUUCAUGGCUGAACUGCCUAGGAUUAGAUUCAAUGUCUGGCACCUCCUGCAAAUGCUGCCCCAGCACCUGUGGCCACGGGCACUCUCGGAGGUUCUGGAGCAACGGCUGGAGGAGGGUAGUCUAAAGCCAUGCCGCUACAGUCCCCACUGCCAUGAGCAGAAGCGUCUGCAGACCCUCCUGGUAUCCCCAUGGUUCAGGAUGGGUCUAGAGGCCCUGCUCCAGUGGCAGAGCCACAGGGGGAUGACAGAAAUGGAGGGGGCUGGUGGCUUUGCAGCAGAACAGUUGGAAGUGCAGUGCUGUGAGGACAUACAUACUGUGCUGGUCCACUGUGAUGCAAAGGUGGAGGGCAGCUCCCAGCCACGGACCAUCCAUGUGAGCCGGGCUAGUGGUGUCUGAUGACUCAUCUACCUGCAGCAUGCAGAGAUGAGGCUGGACCGGCACCAGCUAAGGGUCUUGGAGACACUGGUGGGGGAGAUUAAUGAGCUUCUGGGCAGGCAGCUGGAGGCACCCGCCUUGUCUGUACUGUGGGAGAUGCUGGUGUGCCAGAAACCUUCGGAUGUGGCCAGUGUCUUGGAGGAGAAUGAUGUGGCACUGGCAGAUGCUGUGCCAGAGCCAUGGGAGGCCAUGGUCCUGGAGCCAGGGCUGGAGAGAGAGGACACAGAAGGCUGUAGUUCCAGAGCCAGAGGGGAAGCCAUGGCAGGACUGGCACAGCCCAGCAUUGGAGGAGGUGAAGGGUGAUGUGAAUCAGAGCCCAGGAAUCCUGUGGCAGCUGCCUGCUGUGAAGUGUAUGAAAAUGUUGCUAUACCUCUAUCUCCAGUAUUACCCCUAAACCCAGAGCAGCCUGAGCUGCUAAGGCAGUGUGUCAGUACCUCCAGGCAUGGAGCCAUGCCAUGGCCAUUGACCCAGGGCACCAUGGAGGUGCUACAGGGCUGGGAUCAGCAAGCCCAGUGCCACAAUAAACAAACCUUGCAGUGCUGGGAUACCCUACAUGAACAGUGGGGUCAGAGGAUGAGGAGAGGUCUAAGAUGAUGGACAACUGAGAUGCAAGGGCAUAAAGGGGAACAAAGAGGGUGUAAUAGGGGCAUGAGUGGUCAAGGGGCAUGAGGGGGUGAUGCACCAAGAAGUCAGAUUGGGGUCAUUGCCAUGGGCUCACAGGUCUUUGCCAAGGGUCAAAGGGUGAUAAUAAUGUGUAUGAGGCAAAGAGGCUAUUGUGGGCCCUGGGGGUUGCCAUGGCACCUUGGCAUGUCCUCAGGAGCUGGAUGCAAACUGCCAUGAGGCCAAAGGGCAGCUCCUGGGGAGGCCGGACAUCUCCCUGGCACAAGGUUGCAGGGUCACGCUGCACCUCUGUGCUGGUGGGUCACUGCCAGCUCUGACCCCUGAUCCCAGGGAUGGGAAGUGGGAGGACUGAGCGCACCACUCUUGUUUCUCCUGUCUAUGGUUUGCCUCUAUGGUUCAUGGGUGUGUGAAGGGGUUGAGCUUGGAAGUGAUAUCAGCUGAUGGAAGGGGCUGGUGUGCCUCUGGGGACCAUAAAGAUGAAGGUAAAGAGGCUCUGACCACUGUGGAAUUGUGCUGCCGCUAUCUACAAAGUUCCUCCUUCGGGCCUGGUAGCACCAGGGCUCCAUGGGCUGGUUGCCCUGGGAGCACAGGACCCAGGCAUCUGGGGAAUGCCCUUCCCCCGAAACAAAAAUUCAGCUGGGGGAGGUGAGUGUAUGGGGAUAACCUGGCCUGGAUGCCUGGGUCCCUGGGAGGCAGUGGGGCAGGGUAGCUCAGAUGCCUGGGUCCUCUGUCCCCACACCUCCCCUCCCUACUCCCCAUGUUCAUGGGUGUUGCAGGCGCCUCCUCAAAGGAAGUCAGGUGUCUGGGCUGUGGCUUCCUGUGAAGCCUGGCAGGGUCAGGAGCCCAGAUGCCUGGGUCAUCCUCUGGCUUGGAGGAGGGGGGAGAUUCCCCAUGUCCUGGAUCCCCUGUCUUCGUCUGCAGUUUGUGGAAGAAGAGUCUGGGGAUUAGAGCACGAAAGGUGUCCUAGUGUCUUGGUUGCCUGGAGUUGGGGGUCCCUCUAGCUGCUUAGCAAGCAGCACCUGCCCUGAUCUAGGCAUGCUCCAUUUAGCAUCACAAGAAGAGCACCUAAUACAGCGUUUAAACAGGCCUGAGAAGAAAUAUGUAGUUACUAUAUAGGCGAAGUGUUUGGAGGAACCUGCUGUUACAGCAGAAAGGAUGCCUGUGAGAGGGCACUUGUCUGAAAGCCAUGCUGCUGCUCACUGGGCAUGAUGUUCCUUUCCCUUGUCUCUCUCUCUCCUUUAGUUUUAAUCUUUUUCCCUAAAACAUACAUUUCCCCUGUUAUAGUCAAUGUCCAGUAUCAGCUAUGGAUGCUGCAAAUAAAUCUUUGUGUGUGUGUCAGCUCA